ACAAAAACCUCAAAUCAAAACCCAUUUAUUUUCAAGAUAUGUAUCCUAAUCAAAACCCCAUAGUUGAUAGAAAGUUCGAUCUAUCAACUAUUAACCCUAAUUUUCAGAAGAAGGGGUUUCAAAUUGUCUACAAGAGCUUUAUCGGACCACAUUGAGGGACCUUGAAGAGGAAAAGAAUGAGAGAUUGUGGUUCAAGACAGAAUUUUAAGCUUUGCAAGAUUUGGUUCGACUCGGGUGAACAUGAACCAAUGAAUAAGGUGUUUAGCAAACCAGGCAGCAUUUGCCUGCACGUGGAUGGCAAUGGACAUUACAUUCUCAAUUCAGCACCAAAAGAUGCUGUAGUUGUUGGUACUGGAGGCAGCUUUUUAGAUUUGGAGGCUGUGGCCUGUGCAAAAGGACGCCAGUUCGUUUGUUUGUCGCAGUGGGUGGAGAUGUCGUUGCUGGUAGAGAUUGGCUGCAAGUGUUGGCGAGAGGAAACACUAGCCUGGUUGUAUGAAAUGGAUGUAGGGGAUGAAAAUGGCGCUAUGAUUCGUAAAAUCUUAAUCAACAAAGAAGGGAAUUCGGCGUGCGGAAGAGUACACCGUGAAGAAGAUGAAGAUAGAGUUGGGUCAAUCAAUGGAAAUGGGAACCAUACACGGAGAAAUUUUGGUUAUGCAAGGGGAUUACAAGCUGAGGUUAUAUUCAUUCAACUCUGUUUCAGCGCACUUCGUGAGAGAGAGCUAUGGCGAUGGUUCAUCUUCUGCAGACGUGUCAAGAACUCGUGAUUAACAUUGUAUCAAACUGGCAAUAUAUCGGAGUACUUGCCAAGGUGACUUGAGUAAGGUCAAUAAGUUAUGCUCAUAUGCUUGUUAAACUUUUCAAUGCAACUAACAUGAAUAAAAAUUUAUGCACCAACUGGAUGUUAUGUUAGAAAGAAAUUGUUAUAUUAGAUGUUGGUUUACACUAUAAGUUCAUAAUUCUGUAAAAUAUUGCAAGGAU